AUCAAUAUUGUCAACCACUCGGCCAAUACAGCCAAGCCAAUCUUUUUCUAAAGAGCGAAAAGAAAGAACUCAAUUUACUCUUAGUCGUAGUGGUCAAAAACAAGAAGAAAAGCAACGAAAUCUGAGUGAAAGUGACGAACCAAGUAAAAUAAAAAUCUUAAGUACGAAAAAGUUAAUUGAGUUAAUAUAACUGAAUAACAAUGUCUUCGCCGCUUGAAAAUUUAGAGACACAACUCGAAAUGUUUAUCGAGAAUGUCAGGCAAAUUCGCAUCAUUGUUAGCGAUUUCCAGCCACAAGGACAAAGUGUGCUGAACCAAAAGAUACAAUCCCUUGUGACAGGACUUCAGGAAGUAGACAAGUUGAAAUCUCAAGUACACGACAUUCAUGUCCCCACAGAGGUUUUUGAUUACAUUGACCAAGGCCGCAACCCACAACUCUACACAAAAGACUGCAUAGACAAGGCAUUAGCCAAGAACGAAGAAGUUAAGGGCAAGAUUGAUUCCUACAAGCGAUUCAAGAGCCACCUACUUUCUGAGCUGUCAAAGACCUUUCCCAAUGAGAUUAAUAAAUACAAAGCCAUCAGGGGUGGGGAAUAAAUUGAGGCAAUUUUCUACAUAUUUUUUUAAGGAUGAGUCAUAAUCCUUAUCUGAGGGCUAUGUGAUCACAAAAAUAUAUUAUCUGUACUUAUAUUAAUUUCUUAAAUUUCACAUUACUGGCUGUAAGGGCUUUGUCUCAUGUCUUCAACAUACAGUUUUUCUAUCAUUAACAAUAAUUUUAUAUUCUACUUGCAAAUCAUAAUGGCUUAGUAAAGUUUCUGAAUUGCAUUCCUAUUUUCGAUUGAUAUAAUUUUGUUAAAAUUAUGUUAUGUAGAUUUAUUUAAAA